GAAAUGCUAGCUGCACAGGUUUCUGUCUGAGAGGAGCCUGGGAGUGUGACUCCAUCCACUCUGGAUCAUUCUGAGAUGGAGUCUCUCAGAAAAGCAGAACAGGACUCUUCACCUGCUUUGAUUGAUUGCUUUGACAAAAUUGGUUAUGGAAGCAACGCUGGAAAUGAAGCUGAUGAAUGGGUCAGCACUGCAGAGUCAAGCCCUCAAAUGGUACUGAAGUCUGACCAGAUAAAAACAGAGACUGAUGAGCUGGAUCAGAUUAAGCCAGAGCAACAAGUCCACAGUCCUGAUGGAAAUAUUGAGGCAUCAACAGAAAACACAACACAGAUUGAGUCUAAUGCUGAUUUUGCUGAGAUUGAAACAGAAACAGAGGAUGAUCAGAGCGAAUGUGGCUCUGUUGGAAAGAGGAGGUCAGGUCUACAGGAUAGUAAGAGUUUCAGUAAGGGAGUUUACCUGAGGACGAGCAGUGAAACCAAACUGGGAGAGACUCCAUUUGUUUGCAAGGAUAGUGUAAAACAGUCACCGAGUUCAAAGGUCACUGAAGAAAAAGAGAUUCUUACAGUAGAGAAGUUGUACACCUACAGACCACACCAAUGUCCUGACUGUGGCAAGAGUUUCAGGAAAUCAGGAAACCUUAAAAGACAUCAGCUGAUUCACCAGAGAAAGCACCCAAAAGCUAAAAUAGGGGAAGAACCCUACUCUUGCUCUGAUUGUGGGAAAACUUUCUGUCAUUUAGGAAACUUGAAACAGCAUCAGCUUAUUCACACCGAUGAGUCCUACUCUUGCACUGUGUGUGGGAAGAUUUUCUUUCGCCUUGGAAACUUAGAAAGACAUCAGCUGUUUCACACAGGGCAGAGACUAUACUCCUGUGAUGAGUGUGGGAAGAGUUUCACUCACUUAGGAAGCUUACACACCCACCAGAGAAUUCACAAAGGUGGAAAAAUAUACACUUGUAUCGAAUGUGGAGAGCGUUUCUGUCGUUUAGGAAGCUUUAAAGAACAUCAACGAAUUCACACCAUUGAGAAAGAAUACACGUGCAUUAUAUCGCCCUGGCUGUGUGGCUCCAGGCCUGAGGGGGGCAGCGCCGAGAACGCGAUUAAAAAGGGGAAAAAAGAAGACGACCGGACUUUAAUCGGGAGUGUAGAUCGAUCGUUCUGGGUGUUGCACACGAUAUACGCGCUGUUCUGUUUGACUGUCCUGCGGAAAACUGUCAGGUCGAGGGAGAAACGUUGGGAAAUCGCUGUCCUCAUCGGGAACAAGGAAGUGCUGGACGGUUCGGAAGUGAGUCUCACCCGUAGAAAUGACGACAGCGCUAUCUAA